UGGCUGCUCCUCAGUCCUGCAGGUCCCGCCUCCUGCCUCCUGUCUCCUGCCCCCUGCCUCAAGACUGCGGGGCUGCUGCCAUUUCACAGCGGACACACACGAACACACACACACACACACAUCAGAGCCUGUUGCUGGACGAACGUCUCCUGCUGCAUGACCUUCUUUUCCCUUCUCUCCUGGGUACAGAAGUUGACUUGUGAGGAUGAGUGUCGCGGUGGCGGAGGGCUGCUUUAUGUCCGCCCUGCAGCCCAACUCCUCCUGCACCGCUUACAUGAUUCCCUCGGACGGUCCGUGUCCGGACCCGGUGGCUAAAGCUCGGAGGGUCCAGGAGCAGGUCCGGAUGAGACUGGCCGAGAAGAGGUCCUCCUCCAUGACCAGACUGGACGACUCCCUGGCCGCAUCAACCGAUUACAGCUUUCCUGAGACAAAGAGCUUAGCGCAGACCCUUGGUUUCAGUUCCAGAUCCAUGAUACACACACCCAGACGCAUCAUGGCCGUUCCCACAGGUCCCCUUCCCUCCUCUGGUUUCUCUUCUCGCUCUGCUAUGGAGACAAGUUCCAGGUUGAGCCACAGAGGAAGCAGCAUGGUACAGAGCAACUUCCAGACUGUGCAGGCACACAACAGAAGCAGGCGGUCCAAGUCAAUGUGUCAGGCUGACCAGGAGAGGUUACCUCUUACUGUGGUGGUUCCUCCAGAGACCGCCUAUUUUCCAGUCUCCGUGGAUCCCCCACACAGCCGAAGCCUCAGUGGGAUAUUAGCCCAAGAAAGACGCAACUGGCCUGAGGAGCCGCCGCAUCAGUCCUCCUACAAAGGCCCCUCCCAUCGCACCAUCAGCCGCAUCACUAACCGGCAGCAGCACAACCAGCAACAGGGCUAUGCCUUUGAGAGAGAGGGCUGGUUGGGGACUGGCAGGGGAGUCCCCAUGGCAGGGGACGGCUGGGGAACACAGUGGCAGCAGCAUGUGUCCCGGACCAACCAUGUGACGGGUGCAGGGCAGUACCAAGCCCCCCUGAAACGGACUGCCUCGGUCCGCAGUGUGAGGAGCGUUGGGAAAGGAGUGGAUGUCUUGGAUGGAGUAUCAAUACACAGCAACGACCCCCUGGCAGAGAUACAGAGUCUGGACAUGGCAACAGCUGUCAGAUAUCUGUCUGAAUCAGACACGGCCCUGCAAAUUCUGGGAGCUGCAUACAUACAGCACCAGUGCUACCAUAGCAGCGAUGCAAAGGACCAGGUGCGUGCGCUUUAUGGCAUUCCAGCUCUGGUUCAGCUUUUCACCAGCGACAACCAGGAAGUGCAGCGUUACACCACGGGCGCCACGCGGAACCUCAUCUACGAGAACUCUGACAACAAGGUGGCCCUGAUAGAUGCCGGGGGUUUGACCCAUCUCGUCAGCAUCCUUCGCCAACCUGACAAGGAGCUUCAAAAGAUCAUCACAGGCGUCCUGUGGAAUCUGUCCUCCAGAGACAACCUGAAGCAAAAGCUGUCCAAAGAAGCUUUAUCAGAGCUGAUAGAUACAGUGCUGAUUCCUCUGUGCAGCAGUCUUCCACUGAGUCCAUCUGAGAGAGACAUCUUCUACAACACCACCGGCUUCCUCAGGAACUUGAGCUCAGUGAAUGAGAGGACAAGACAGAAGAUGAGAGACAUGCGAGGUCUGGUGGACUCUCUGGUGUCCUACAUCACACAAGAGGACAUGACUGAGGAUAAGGGUUUGGAGAAUUCCCUGUGUGUGAUGAGGAAUCUGUCCUACCAGCUCUACACGGAGCUUCCUUCAUCAGUGCGACUCCGCCUGGAGGGCCAAUCGAGAGCUUCUGCCUCCCGGGACAUUGACACCAUUGGUUGCUUUACUAUGUACAACAAAAAAAACUCACAGCGUAACCAGAACCUGACCAUACUGUCGGAGGUAUCCCGACAACCUAAAGGGUCUGAGUGGCUGUGGCACCCAAAGGUGGUGGAGAUGUACAAGGGUGUUCUACAAAACAGGGACAUCAGCUCCACCAGCCGUGAGGCUGCCAUAGGAGCCCUGCAAAAUAUCACCACAGGAGAGGCCUGGUGGUCAUCAGUGCUGAGUGGUGUGGUGAUGGAGCAGGAGAGGAUGUUGCCCAUCCUGCUGGAUCUGUUAGACACCAACAGUGAGAUGGAGCUGAGACCUUUGACUGGCCUGCUGAAAAAUCUGGCCGGACACUCAGCGAACAAAGACCACAUGGCUAAGAACAUGGUGAAUGCUCUUGUGUCCAAGCUGCCAUGUGAUGGUCUACAGAAAACCCCGUCCAGCGAGGUGGUGUCCAAUUUGUGUGCAGCACUCAAUCACCUGGUCACCUGCAGUUCUAUAGCAGCACGAGACAUCUCCUACUUCAACGGCCUUCCCAAACUGGUGGGCAUUAAGAGCUUCCAUGAUAACAGCCCUGGGAGUAUUAAAACUGCCAAAGCGGCCUCAACUGUGCUCUACAAUAUGUUCCAGUACAACAAGCUGCACAAAGACUACAAACAGAAAGGAUUUACCAGACAGGACUUCACAGAGGCCACCAUCUAGCUUGCCACAUGUAACAUGCUUCUUUCUGAGCUUUUGACCUCUGGAUCACAGCUGCUGAGAGGAAAAGAAGAGAAACAGCUUCAAUGAGCUGUUCAUAGAACUGUGACUGACUUACAGGAAAAAAAAAAAAAGAACAGCAGCCAACGGAAGAAUGGACUUUAGGUUUGCCCUCAUUUACGUGGUUCCCCCCCCCAAAUAUAUCUGUGUGUGUGUUAGGGUUUGACUGGGUUUAUACACUGACUCCAUUGACUUUUGGAUUAGUGGGGCUGAUUGCUGACAUGACAGUUUUAAAAACAUUCAUAAUAAAAUGUAUUUUCACUCAGAGAAAAUGCCAGGUGCAAAACAAACACCCCAAACCAGAAAUUAAAUAUAAAUAAGUUAGCAUGCUAACCAGAUAGCCUUGGCUCAUCCGGUCACUGUCUCCCUAAUACCACUUCAUACCUCUAGAGGUGACAGUGAUUCAGUCUUCCCUCAGUCCAACACGAGAAGAGGAAGAGGUUAUAGCUGUGAGAAGGCUCUGUAGCAGUGUAUCAGCCAUUUACUCUCAGCACCCAUUAAAUAAAAAAACCAUUCAGGAUAGUAACAAGUUAGCAAGUGCCCUAAACUGAGGUUAGAUUUCUUAAUGCAGACAUUAGAUCUUAUUGGCUUGUGAGCCAAAACAACAGCCCAGCAGGAUUUGUCCCAAUGUGUCUGAUGGCGUGUCUGACCAUCACAAAGAAGAAUGCACCUAAGGGCUUUUUAUUUUACUUUUACAGCAUAAUAUACUGCCCCCUGCUUGUUUGGAGUAAUCAUUUUACUCAAGGACAAGACUGAGAGAAGGGAUUUUCUUUUUAAAUCAAUUUAUUUGUAUGUGAUUAAUUAAGCACUGCAUCACUAGCAUAAACAGAAAACAGAAAAUAUAUUUAGAGAACAGUAACAGUGUUGUCAACAUGUGGAUGUUAGAUUCAAAUAAUUAUCCUGGUCCUGCCCUGGUUAUCAUUUUACUUUGUCCAGAGGUUAAUGACCAAACAUCAGACUAUAGCUACAUUUCUAUCAGACUAGAGCUAUUUAGGAUCAACUAUAUCAGUACAUUUUCAAAGAGGGCUCAGCAUGUCACUGAGUGAAUCAGGAGCUUUUUACAGUGGAGCUCUCCUCAUCGGUGUCCAAGAACAUUUAUCAGCUGGGCUGUGAUUUAAAUAUACUUUCUUGUUAAAAAUAACCUUAGAGAUUAACAGAAACUAUCAUUAUUCACAAUGUGCAAAUGUCCACAAAAUGCAGAUUGACAAGUGUCAGCCUUCAGUCACGAGACACGAAAAUGAAAGAAUUGUUAGAUGCAAUUUCGGAGACGGCGGCCUAAGAGGGUAGUAUGUACAGAAUGCUGCUCUGAGAUGGAAGGCCUGCACUUCAGUGUCACUCUAAUCGGUGUCUACCUUUAGCUUCAACCGCUUAAGCACUUGCCUUACUAUUACCUUUAGCACAUCAGAUAUCAUGGCUGUUGGUCGUUAUUAUUAUAACUAUCUAUUCUAGCCAGUAGGACAGACAGUGAUGUGUGAACAAACUCACAGCAGGGAGGAGAGAGGGGCUGGUGGAGAAUUCAAAGAGCAAACAAGGGUAUUUCUGUGGAAGGAGUGUGGGAGGGUGUGGACGAUACUGCAGACCUGAAAAAGCCUUACAACUAGCAGGGAGGAAGGGCGGGCCCAGGUUGACUGAGGGAGUGAAAAACCUGGAUCUCCAGUGGGAUAAAGGGAAGAGAUGGACUUCAACACAAAGAUCACCAAACACGAGUGAAUGUUAGAGUGUCAUUAUACUGCUGAUAGUUGUUCUCGUGAAUUUCUUACAUCCAUUCUCUUCCCCGCCGACUUCGGGUGUAAAGAAUGUCAGGCUAGUAGAUGUGGAUAGUAAAGUAGAAUAGAGAGAACAGGGUUGUUUGGUGUGAAUAUGCAACAUGUUUUGAUUUCCUCUACUGUCGCUUUUUUAAUUGUAUCUAUUGUCUGUCUGUAAUUUUGUUAUCUACAUAUGCCGCCUUGUUUACUGGUCAUAUGCUGUUAUUAGUCUCUAUGCUAAUUUACCAGCUGUCUUAUUGGAGAAAGUAACCUUUUAGAGUUUGAAUAUUCACUUCAGUUUUUCCAAACAAUGACUUUUAUGGAAAUUUGCUCCAGUUUAUUUGUAGAUGUGAGGAUCAUCCCUUGCUUGUUGAGAGCAGAGGUUAUCUCAACAAGCCCUUUGGGGUUUUACGGCUGGCUUUAUUGUCUGUAGCGUUUCCUUUUGGAUCAUAAAAUUUAGGCUCAGAGCUGAAAUAUUUUUGUUGCUGCCAAUUUGUCUGAAGGAAAAGCUGAAUGCAUAAUAAAUAAAUGUUUGAUUAGACAGAUUAAAAACAGUGUUGACACUCUG